AUGCUGGAAGAAAGAACAAAAGAGAGUGAAGGAAUUGGCAAUUUAAUCAAAGAACUGUCAGAGAGAAGACGAAAAAGAAAAGAAAUUUCAGCAAAUUUGAAGCUAGUUAAAAGAAGAGAUGUCUUUGAUGAAGAAGUCAAACUGGAUUCCAUCUUCACAGAAAAAAGAUCAAAAAGCAUUUUGAAGAAAGCAUGGACUAGAGUGCAAGGAUUAUGGACACAUAAAUGA